AUUUGUCUCUGAUACCGAUUCCCGGAAGCCCUCAACGCGAACCUCCCCAACAUCGCACCCGUGCCUUGCUCUCGCUUUCAUUUUUUCAGGUGCCCGGCGUAUACAUUGAUCUUAGUCGUUUCGGCGAACUCGUUCCCAACCCCCUCUCUUUGAAGAGUCUUCCCCGGCCCUCCGGAGCUGCGGGUCCAUGUCAUUCGCUGAUCGCCUCGCCGGAUUCUUUUCCCUUACACCUGCGGUAUCGUCUUCGGAAUCGGUCACGACGCGGAAUACGGCCACCAGCACAUCGUUGGCUUAUCGAGGUGAUAGUCAUGGUGUUGUUGGGGCGGAGUUUGUCACGGACAUUGGAUUCAGCGGGCACUCGACCUCGACCAGCCAGGCCAUGGGGCUUGAAGCAGACCUCGGCGAGGAAAGCCGCCCGCCCUACAUCCACGCGAUGAUCGCCGGAGGCAUAGGAGGCUCGACUGGCGACAUGUUGAUGCACUCCCUCGACACCGUUAAGACCCGGCAGCAGGGCGAUCCGCACUUUCCGCCGAAAUACGUUAAUUUGGGCUCCUCAUACUACAAGAUAUGGAGGCAAGAAGGAAUUGGGAGGGGUCUUUACGGAGGCUGGCUACCGGCACUAGGGGGUUCAUUUCCCGGCACGAUGCUCUUCUUCGGGACGUACGAAUGGAGCAAACGAUUCCUCAUCGACCACGGGCUCCAACAGCACUUGGCGUAUCUAUCUGCGGGCUUGCUCGGAGACUUCGCUGCGUCGGUUGUGUACGUCCCAUCUGAGGUCCUCAAGACGCGAAUGCAGCUACAGGGCCGAUACAACAACCCAUUCUUCGAGUCCGGCUACAAUUACAGAGGAACUAUGGACGCCGCUAGGACCAUUGUUCGUCAGGAGGGCCCGUCAGCGCUCUUUUACGGCUACAAGGCUACCCUCUAUCGCGACCUACCAUUCUCGGCUUUACAGUUCAUGUUCUGGGAACAGUUCCUGGCCUGGGCUCAGGAGUACAAAGAGAGUAGGGAUGUCGGCAUGCCCUUCGAACUGCUCACUGGGGGCCUCGCGGGCGGCCUGGCUGGCGUCAUGACGUGCCCCCUAGACGUCGUCAAGACAAGGCUACAGACGCAAGUCAAUACAACCAAUGGAACGGCGGAUCAAGGCAAAACGACGACAGCCAAGGCCGCCAGUCCAAGUCCACAAAAGCGCAACAUUUCCACUUCGUCUCCGUCAACACACACCCCGCGCCCGGGUGCCGUUAACUUGCAAACGUCAUCGGUCAUGAGAGGUCUCAAGGUGAUCUAUCAGACAGAGGGAGUGGGUGGUUGGUUUAGAGGGGUGGGCCCACGCGGUGUCUGGACUUUCAUCCAGAGCGGGUGCAUGCUUUUCCUAUAUCAGAGGUUAUUGCGGCAAUUGGAGGUGUGGAUGCCGCUUACGGAAAAGGAGCGUGCUCUGUGAUAUUACUGAGGGGCUUUGAGAUGCAUGGAGCAGAGGCAUCAAGUGUACAACAUAGCCGGUCGAUUCCCUGUACAGCGUAUGAUGAGGUGUUAACCUAUGCGAUAGGCUAAUAGGUUGACGGUCAAGCGACCAUUUGGGUCGGCGUUUGGGAUACAUAGGAGUGGACGCAUCACUGGUAGAUAGAAUCCGGUCCUGAUAGAGCGACAAGAUGCAAUCUCACUUUGUAUUGAUAUGAGAA